GGUCCGGACCCAGGCUGUGGCCUAGAUGCUUGAUGGGCACUGUCAGCCUGAUCUUUGAUGCUCUUCCCGCUGUCUGUUCUUAGUCGCUGAUUCCAGGUCCCAGGAGACGACGCUGGCUCAAGGAAGGCAGGCGCCUUAGGUGGGGCAGUUGACUCUCGCGCAGCGCCUUGCCCACCUGGGUGCGCGGCGGCGCGGCGGGUUUGGGCGGGGAAGGGGCCGGGCCUUGGUGAGGACGCGCGCCGCGCAGUUUGACCCCGGCGGCGUUCCGUACCGUCGCGGAUUUCAGCGGCGGAAACAUGGCGGCCGCGGCCGGGCCGGCAACGGAGAAACUUUCCACCGAGAUUGGCCUGUAUUAGCGCGUGUAGCCUCGGGUCCUCGUUCCCAAAGGCGUGCCGCUCCCUGUUCUCAGUCGCAAGCUCAAGCCUUGUCUGCCCUCCUUCUUUUUGGUUUGGUUUUGGAACUGACUCCGAGGGUUGGGAGAGCGUUGGUGGCGACGGCCAAGUCAGAUCACUAUAAACAAAAUUUCCACCAGAGAAAAUGUUGAAAUAGGAGUUGUGGAUACAUUGGAUAUACUGGAUGAAAUACAGCGGUUAAUUUUUGUAACGUGGGGGAAAAGCCCACAUUGCUGGUUACAUGUGUAAAUCACUGCGUUAUUGCUUUAGUCAUUGUCUCUAUUUAGCAAUGACAAGACUGGAAGAAGUAAAUAGAGAAGUGAACAUGCAUUCGUCCGUGCGGUAUCUUGGCUAUUUAGCCAGAAUCAAUUUAUUGGUUGCCAUAUGCUUAGGCCUAUACGUAAGAUGGGAGAAAACAGCAAAUUCCUUAAUUUUAGUAAUUUUUAUUCUAGGUCUUUUUGUUCUUGGAAUUGCUAGCAUACUCUAUUAUUAUUUUUCAAUGGAAGCAGCAAGUUUAAGUCUCUCCAAUCUUUGGUUUGGAUUCUUGCUUGGCCUCCUAUGUUUUCUUGAUAAUUCAUCUUUUAAAAAUGAUGUAAAAGAAGAAUCAACCAAAUAUUUGCUUCUCACGUCCAUAGUAUUAAGGAUACUGUGCUCUCUGGUGGAGAGAAUUUCUGGUUAUGUCCGUCAUCGACCCACUUUACUAACCACAGUUGAAUUUCUGGAACUUGUUGGAUUUGCCAUUGCCAGCACAACUAUGUUGGUGGAGAAGUCUCUGAGUGUCAUUUUGCUUGUUAUAGCUCUGGCUAUGCUGAUUAUUGAUUUGAGAAUGAAAUCUUUCUUAGCUAUUCCCAACUUAGUUAUUUUUGCAGUUUUGUUAUUUUUUUCCUCAUUAGAGACUCCCAAAAACCCCAUUGCUUUUGCAUGUUUUUUUAUUUGCCUGAUAACUGAUCCUUUCCUUGACAUUUAUUUUAGUGGCCUUUCGGUAACUGAAAGAUGGAAACCGUUUUUGUACCGUGGAAGAAUUUGCAGAAGACUUUCGGUCGUUUUUGCUGGAAUGAUUGAGCUCACGUUUUUUAUUCUUUCAGCACUUAAACUUAGAGACACUCAUCUCUGGUAUUUUGUAAUACCUGGCUUUUCCAUUUUUGGAAUUUUCUGGAUGAUUUGUCAUAUUAUUUUUCUUUUAACUCUUUGGGGAUUCCAUACCAAAUUAAAUGACUGCCAUAAAGUAUAUUUUACCCACAGGACAGAUAAUAAUAGUCUUGAUAGAAUCAUGGCAUCCAAAGGGAUGCGCCAUUUUUGCUUGAUUUCAGAGCAGUUGGUGUUUUUUAGUCUUCUUGCAACAGCAAUUUUGGGAGCAGUUUCCUGGCAGCCAACAAAUGGAAUCUUCUUGAGCAUGUUUCUAAUUGUUCUGCCAUUGGAAUCCAUGGCUCAUGGGCUCUUCCAUGAAUUGGGUAACUGCUUAGGAGGAACAUCUGUUGGAUAUGCUAUUGUGAUUCCCACCAACUUCUGCAGUCCUGAUGGUCAGCCAACACUGCUUCCCCCAGAACAUGUACAGGAGUUAAAUUUGAGGUCUACUGGCAUGCUGAAUGCUAUCCAAAGAUUUUUUGCAUAUCAUAUGAUUGAGACCUAUGGAUGUGACUAUUCCACAAGUGGACUGUCAUUUGAUACUCUGCAUUCUAAGCUGAAAGCUUUCCUCGAACUUCGGACUGUGGAUGGACCCAGACAUGAUACGUAUAUUUUGUAUUACAGUGGGCACACCCAUGGUACAGGAGAGUGGGCUCUAGCAGGUGGAGAUAUACUACGCCUUGACACACUUUUAGAAUGGUGGAGAGAAAAGAAUGGUUCCUUCUGUUCCCGGCUUAUUAUCGUAUUAGACAGCGAAAACUCAACCCCUUGGGUGAAAGAAGUGAGGAAAAUUAAUGACCAGUAUAUUGCAGUACAAGGAGCAGAGUUGAUAAAAACAGUAGAUAUUGAAGAAGCUGACCCACCACAGCUAGGUGACUUUACAAAAGACUGGGUAGAAUAUAACUGCAAUUCCAGUAAUAAUAUCUGCUGGACUGAAAAGGGACGCACAGUGAAGGCAGUAUAUGGUGUGUCAAAACGGUGGAGUGACUACACCCUGCAUUUGCCAACGGGAAGCGACGUGGCCAAGCACUGGAUGUUACACUUUCCUCGUAUUACAUAUCCCCUAGUGCACUUGGCAAAUUGGUUAUGUGGUCUGAACCUUUUUUGGAUCUGCAAAACUUGUUUUAGGUGCUUGAAAAGGUUAAAAAUGAGUUGGUUUCUUCCUACUGUGCUGGACACAGGACAAGGCUUCAAACUUGUCAAAUCUUAAUUUGGACCCCAAAGUGGGAUAUUAUUAAGCACUCAUACUACCAAUUAUCACUAACUUGCCAUUUUUUGUAUGCUGUAUUUUUUAUUUGUGGAAAAUACUUUGCUACUUCUGUAGCUGCUCUCACUUUGUCUUUUCUUAAGUAAUUACGGUAUAUGUAAGGUGUUGGGGAAAAAACAUUUUGUACUAAAAGUAUAUAGGGAGUCAAAUGCUGACUGUAAAUGUGUAAGAGAUGUUAAAAAUCAUACUGCACUUUCAGGAAUGUUUGCAUAUGGUCCUGAUUAGAAAGAAAACACUUGUUGUCUAUGCUCUACAGUGGCCAAUGAUGAAUUACUAAUGCCUUAUUUUCUAGGCAUAUGAUAGUUUAGAGAAUGUAGACCAGAUAAAUUUGUUUACUAUUUUAAGAAAACUACCAGUUUACUUACAGAAGAUUCUUUUUUCCAAACAGUAGGUUUCAUCCAAGACUAUUUGAAGAACUACAAACUCUUUCUCUUAGAAAAGAAAGAGGGCUGCCCAAAAUAAAUGCAAAAUGUCUUGGUUGUGACCUUUUACCAGUGUAGCAGAGAACCCUAAUUACAUUUUAAAUUAAAUCAUUCUUUAUGUGGGUAUUGUUAAAAGGCUUGAGCCUACAAGUUGCUCUUUCUUAAAUUGGUUGGGGGCACUGAAAACACUGGUAAUAUUAAGAGUCUUUCUCAGGGUAACUUAAUGUUUUCUUAAUGAACAAUGUUUCCAGCUACAAAUUCCUUCCAAUAAGUUGUCUUCCUUUGUGAAAAGGUACUCUCAUAGAAGAAAUUUAGCAAUUUCUCAUUGACUGACUCAGUCUGUUUUAAGUAUUCAGAAAAGAUUUUGAUCCCUAUUGAGCUAAUGCUCCGCCAUGAAAAUUAUUUUUCUGAUCCUUGUUAGUGAUAACAUUUUUUUUCUACUGAAGGUCAAAGGAUAGGAAACAUGUCAUUUCUUUUCUUGUAUAUGUGUAAUGUAUUAUGUAAAAAAGUAUUCAUAUUGGCAAUUUUAGUUAAGCAUAAUAGUGUGGUUGUAAUUUUUAAAACUUAAUUCAGUGUUCUGUCUGAUUAAAGCAGGCACUGAUCAGGAUAUCUCCUAAGAGGUAAUUCACUUCUUAUUUCCUUCCAAUAAUUAUUACAUUCUAAAUUUUCAUCUAUGAGAAAUAACAAGAGGGGAAUAGAAUUAAAUUGGGGAAUAAUCUAAUCUUCAUUGUUUAAAUGGUUUGACUUCUCACCAUUGAAGCCAUUUUUUCUAGCCUCAGAAAGAGGAAAUAAUGCUACCACCAUUUUCUACCUGGUGACUUGAAAAUUGAAGUUUUAGGUUAGGAAGAAGUUACUUAGAGUCAGGGAACUUGUUUACCACUAUCUAUGCAGUAUUGUUAUAGUCUAUUUCUAUGGUUUGAAUAUGAUUUUCCUAAUGAUCUGAAUAAAAUUUUGUUAAAAAUUAAUUUUUCAUUUAAUGUGCAAAUAUUGAAUAUUCUAGUAUAUUGAAAGUGGUAGUCAUUAAAAAUGCCCAUGUUUUAGAUUUCAUGUUUGAAAGGUUCCAAUAUAGGUUAAGGAUUUAUAUUAGCAUUGUCCAAAUAAAAUAGUAUAGUGUUUCAUUAUUGUUCUCUUCAGCAGUAGUGUAGUAGAAAAGCCAAAUGUUAAAAUUAUGACCUUUUUAGCUUCAAAAAAAGUUAACGUUAAGUAAAAUCUCUUUUUAAAUUUUUUAGCAAUUUGUGAGCAAGUUAGCUUUAACUAAAGCAUUUUUCUUCACUGUAACGAAGCCAGAAAUAAAAGUGUGUUCUUCAUUCUUUAUAAGGUAGUAUUAAGGUGGUACUAAAAAUUAUAAAAACAGCUGACAGUUUGACAGCCGCAAACCUAACUUUUUGAUAUAUAUUUUCUGUGAAAGUAAAACCAAAAAAGGUCUUUGGGCCAAGAAUGUGACUUGAACAAAUUUAUUAACCAGAAUUUAUAGAAUAUCCACUUUGGUGAAUUCUCCUACCCAAACAAACAAAAAACUAUAAAUGACCCUUUGGGAUGAUAUCACAAAGCUGACAUUUAAAAAACAAUAAGGAUGUAAAAAAGAAAUACUGUAAGAAGGAUAAAGUGAUUGGUUACUUUCACCUAAAGAUUAAAAAAUAGGUCUGACAAUGAUUCUAAUUUGUUUAUGGCUGUCAUAUUUAAGAAAGAGUUGCUUGGAAUGAAAGGAGUUAUUUUAGGGCAAAACUUUACCAUCCUACUAAAAAGAGGUAACAUGGAAAUAUUUUCAACAUUAUUUGAUUUAAUGUUUGUUUCCUCAUGUGAUACCUUGCUAAAACCACAAAAGUACUAACCUCUAAAACAUCUUUUAAAUAGUGUACACACUGUUGCAAAAUAAAUAAGGAGCCAAGCUCUUUCUCUCCCCAUGACUUUUCAGUUAUGCUGUCAUUUUAGAAAACAUUUUUUAGUUUGCUCUGAUCUAAACUCUUCCUCCCUAGGAAAAUUGGGGUUAUAUUUCCAUAGAAUUCUAUCUUGCUCUUAAUAAAUUCAAAUUUUAUGGAAAAGAUGCAUUUCAGAAGAUUAUUUUUGUGACCAGUUAUGCUUUAAAAAAAUUAAAUUCUUAAAUAGCACUUAUAUUUAAUGUA